UUUAAGUGAGGUAGAGCGGCGCUCCUUCCGGCCAGGAAGACGAGGUCGCGUGGCGGUAGUGGAGCCGCUGGGGCAAGGGACGGCGGAAGAUGGCGGAUCCGGAACCCCAAAGAAAGAUCCCUCUGGUCCCAGAGAAUCUCCUGAAGAAGAGAAAGGCGUAUCAGGCCCUCAAAGCUACCCAGGCGAAGCAGGCACUUCUGAACAAGAGGAAGCUUCAAAGAGGGAAACAGAUCAAGUUCAAGAGACUUGAGGCAUUUGUUCACGAUGCCCAGCGCAAACAACGCGAUGUGGUGCGGCUCCGACGCCUGAAAGUGAAGCCUAGAGGAUUGGAGAUGCCCGAGGGGCACCCGCUGGUCUUUGUAGUCCGCAUCAAAGAUAUCCAGGGAGUGAGCCGGCAUGUGAAGAAGGUCAUUGAGUUCCUGCGGCUGCACAAGAUCUUCAGUGGGGUUUUUGUCAAGAUGACGGCCAGUUCCAUAAAGAUGCUGCGGAUUGUGGAGCCUUAUGUGGCCUGGGGCUACCCCAACCUGAAGUCUGUUCGCGAGCUCAUUCUCAAACGAGGCCAGACCAGGAUCAACAAGAAGCUCGUCCCUCUGACGGACAACACCCUGAUUGAGAAGCAUUUAGGGAAGUUUGGAGUCAUUUGCCUGGAAGACCUCAUUCAUGAAGUCUACUCGACAGGCAAACAUUUCCAGGAGAUGACCCAGUUCCUGUGUCCGUUCCCCCUGUCGGUGGCCCGUCACGCUGCCCAGAAUAAAAUGGGCUUCCUCAAGGAGAUAGGCAAACCGGGAUACCAGGGCGAGACCAUCAACCAGCUCAUCCGGCAGCUCAACUAGUUCCGGGAUGGCCGAAAGCUGGGGCUGUUCGUGAGUUAUGUCAGCGUUCACGGUAGACAUCUAGUGCCCUCACAAAGAAGAUACUUUACACUGGAUCUUUGGGAACUGUUGGGGGUGAGAAGUCGUGACCUCCCCUAAUCCGGUCCUGAAGCAAUCUGGCCCUUCUCUCAAUUGAGGGAUUAAUUCUCAGGAAGGACGUGUGUGACCGUUGCAGCUGAGCGGAAAAGUCUUUCUCCUUCCCGAGCUGGGGCCCUGCCUCCCAAGAAACAAUCUUUUGACCGUGGGGAAUGCCUGACAAUUUCGGUGUUAAGCACAGCAUUGACGUUGACCUUGCGCCACAGAACAUUUUCCAGCCCAACCCAGACCGGAAAUCCGGGACCCUGGACCGUGGAGGGAAGCGGGGUUUGUCACGUGCUUAGCUGGCCGUGAACUGCUCCACGUUGUCCCGGCAGUUUGCGCCAAGGGUUGAUACGUGGAACUUCCGCUUGUGCAAUGGGAAGCCCUGGCACAGAACAACCAGGCUAAACCUGACAUUUGAGACUUGGACUUGAACAAGGGGUCCCUGGCCAAAUUCUUGUCCACUUGAACCGGGGUUUCAGACCUACAGCUGAUGUCUUUUCAGGUGCAGGGGUGGUUCUCAAUUAGGAAUUACUUUUCUAAAAAC